UUUGAUCUCUAGGUUGGGGGACCCCAUGGCGGAGGUGACAGCAGGGCGCUACCGUACGGUGAAGGAGCAGCUGGCCGCCAUCCGGCAUCACCGGGCCCUGCUGGAGAGCCAGGGCCUGUUGGCCCCCAGGGCCCUCGUCACCAAGCCCCGUGAGCCCCCACCUCCAUUCACCCCCACCCUCUCCCACUGCCAAAGACUCCAGCUGCAGCAGCAAGUCCAGCAGCACGUCCAGCUCCUAACCCAGGUCCAAAUGUUGACCAGCCCGGUGGCUGCACUGCAGAGCGAAGCUGCCACCACCAAGCAGUUCCUGAUGGAGUUACAGAUGUUUGCCCAGCGUGGGGAGUUGACCCGGGGCCCAGUGGAGCCAGGUUUCACCAGUGUGUUCAAAGCCUGUAACCUACAGGUGGCACUGUCACUGCUAGAGGAGCUCUCACUGUCCCCAAUCCCUUACAAAGAAGCCCCUAACGAGCCACGAACACGCAGGAGAGUCCGGAAGCAUCCGUCGAUGCCCCCCCAGCUGGCAUGGCUUUUUGCCACGCGCCCGGUGUUCCUGUACCCCGAGCUACUGCCCCACGUCAGCCUGGACCCAGCCCUGCAUUCUGCUCGCUCCGUCAGCAUGUUCACCGCAGGAGAGGACUGCCUGAUCGUCCUGGGCCUGAGGAACCUGGGGGAGACCCUGCAGCCCAAGGAGCUGCUGUGUCACUACCUGCUCCGCGCCAAGAAGGUCUCUCAGCUCCGUGACCACAUUUUGGAGAAGUGUAAACCCACCCAUGCCAACAACGUCAUCAAGGCCUACCGACUCCAGAAGGUGGUCCAGCCCAUGCCAGUAGCCUGUGAACGAGUGAACCCGGGUGACCUGCGCCCCUCAGUGGAGAGAGAGGAGAGAGCCAUGCCCGGAUGGCUGGGGAGAAGUUUGCCUUAUAUCUACGAGGCAAUCGAAGAUCUCAACAGCUCGCCAGAUACAGAAACUAUGUCGGCCUGUCAAUCAAAGAAAGCCCCACUCAACACGCUUCUCUUCAGUUCCUCCAGAACCUUGGACUACAGCUUCCCACCCGCGACUCGCUACCCGCCCCAACUCCCCGACAGCCUUUCAUUCCAGCGCUGCGGCUUCAGGCGCUGUCACCCUCCACCAGACUGUGACCUUUCGCUGUCCCUUGCUGUAUCGCACAGCGCCACCCACAGUCUGAAAAGUGUAACUACACCCUCAGAAAAUAAUUUGCAGACGGGUGCUGUGAUUCAGCAGUGCAUGGCCCACCACGAACUGCAACCCAUCCACCCUGCAACAUCCAAACUUCCUUCUCUUCAGCAUCCCACCAAGCCUCAUCUGAAACAUCCCCUCAGGCCUCAACCCAAACCUUCCCAGAAGCCSCUGCAAGUCAUUCUCAAUUUGCCUGCCCCAGUGGCUGCAGCUGUCCUUUGUCCCGCUCAUUCCGCCAGGGUAUUGGCCUCCCWAUUGUCCCAUUCCGCGCCAUUGGCCGAAGACCUGGUUGCUGGGAAGUUCAGCACGUUCGCUAACCUCCGCAGGCUGCCCAGGUUGCUGCCAGCUCCUCCACCCAACAACGAGAAKCCUCCACAAACAAACCUGAAUACCGUGACCCCUAACAGUGGAGCAAACCUCCUUUGGUUUUCCCAUAUGAAUAGUAGAAUAGCCUCCACUAGUACCGAAUCUCAAACCUCUGUCUCUACUACGAUUCCUAUCGAACAAUUCAAGGACAAACCCUCCAGGACCAGCCGGCGGGUGACGAAGGAACCCAAAAGCAGCCUGAAGAGUGAGGGGCAGCCCCAGCCUUCAGCCUCCCCGGAACCCCCUGCCCUGGACCAGGCUCUGACCCCUGACGACUAUGUCACAGUUGUAAUGGAGGAAGAGGGUGGAGAUGAAGAGAAAGAGGACUGUGGCAUGGAAGAGGAGGAUGGGGAUGAUUUUGGAAUGACCCUCCUGGCCCUGUCUGAGUCCUCUGCCAGUCCCCCGGGGAGCGUUGACUGCAUUGACUCCAUGGAGGGGUCAGAGGAGGUGCAGGAGAUAACGCUGACCCUAUCACCCAGGCCGUCGGGCAUGGGGGACGGAGGGAGAGAGGGUGAUGAGGGGAGGGGAGACAGACAUCAGGAGGUAGAGGAAGCGGUGUCACCAGCCUCCGAGGUGUCCACAUUGUCUGUGCCAGAGCUGCAAGAGACGAUGGAGAAYCUGUCAUGGCUGGCGUCAGGGGGGAGGUCAGAGGACUCGGAAGAAGGCGAACGAUCAGGCACACCCUCAGGCUGCUGUAGUAGCACCCCCAACCCUCCCAGCUCAAAGCACGAGCAGCAUCACACUGGAGAAGUUGGCAGCGAGGGCAUGUCCAAAAUCCCACCAAURCUCUACGACGAUGACGACGUACUCGACAGCGACCCCCUGAGGGAGAAGAAGAAAAUAGCCUUCGCUCAGAAUUAUCUCAACAGGGUGUGCCAUGCCCUGCAGGGGGUGCCGGGGCGUGUGGAGGAGUUUCUGGAGAUACUCUAUGAGUUUGAGCAGGACGGAGAUGAGCACACCUCUGUGGAACUCUUCACCAGGCUUAAGCCUGUUCUGAAUGAGUGGCCGGAGCUGCUCCGAGACUUUGCUGGCUUCCUCUAUCUCGAACAAGCCCAGGAGUGUGGACUGCUCGCAGAACAGCAGGCAUUUGAGAGGAGCCGGCGCUUCCUGCGACAACUGGAGCUGAGCUUUGGGGAAACCUCCUCGCACUACUGCAAGAUAGUGAGCGUCCUUCAAGGAGGCCCUACUCUCAGUCCUGCUGGCAUCAAGGAGAUGAAAGCUCAGAUGGCCACCCUUCUCCAAGGUCACACCCACCUGCAGGGGGAAUUCUGUUUUUUUUUCAACGAGCUCCACACACGGCCCUCGCUACAGUGUCAGACUGAGAACAGAGGCUGUGGUGAUGUGACCAACACAAACUCCACUUCCCAGAGGUCAUCAGCAGCAAAUGCCAAGAGAUGCCAAGGUCCUAAAACCCCAAAAGCCAAACGAGUAAGGGAGGAUGAAGCGGACGAGGAGAAAGAAGGGGAUCGCUCAAACCGCCCAGUCUGUGCCAAAAACAUCUCGCUUACACCCAGUGGAGAGAAAGUCAUCCUCUGGACCAGGGAGGCGGACCGUGCCAUCUUGACCGCCUGCCAACAGAAGGGAGCUAAUAAAAGCACCUUUCAGGCUGUCUCCACCCAACUUGACAACAAGACAGCCAAUGAGGUUUGCGCCCGUUUCCAGGACCUCAUGCGCCUGUUCCGUUUCUCCACCCAACGGGUCUGCUCCGAUGAGGACGCUAGUGARACAGAGCAGCCAACCAGCAGCAGAGAGCCAGAACUGCACUGAACCGGACCCAUCACCAGGGCAGUGAUCAGCGGGGCACAACGUGGAACGUUCAAAUGGACAUAUACUGAGCGUGGCCCAGAGGAAGAGUACUGUUAUAACAGUCAGCUGGACUGACCUGGGAGCAGUCCAAGCUACAGAAAAGGAGGAGCACUUGAUUUAGCAAUCUCUGAAUACUUGGCUGGGACUGUAUAAGAAUCUCUGACUCAACACUAUAGGGGACUGCAAAGAUAGUGCCAUCAAAAGGGAGACAUAUAUGGGGCCACUAAUGAGAGGAUUUUUUACUAUUAUGUGCUGGUGUGCAUGAGUGCCAUGUGCAGGCCACAUGAGGUUCCUGGUGCUAUGAACCAUGUAGGUGGGAGGAGGUGCAGCAAAUGUGAAGUACAAUUGUCUUGAUUGUAUAAAAGAGACGGAUUGCAGAAUGUGUAAAAUUGGUCAUGGCUCCACAUAAUAUUUAGUGUGCUGUUGAGGGGAUUUCAAUGAAAACGGACACAUAUACAGUAGCACAAUCAUGUUGAAAUGAUCAGCUGAAAUGUAAAUAUUUUGUUAAAGGGGAAAACGGGUAAUUGAUUUCCAACAAUCAGGUCAGGCCCCAUGCAUAAGCGACAUAGUCGGUCGCCUUGGGAUCUCAAUUUACGGUUACUUACAACUUACUGUUGAGGUAGAAUACACAAGGUACAAUUUCUAUAUUUGGUUGUMCAUCAGCAGUUUUUCUCAUAUCAGUUACUGACAGUCACUAAAUUAGCUGUCAGCUAACCAUUUUUAGAUUGGUAAAUUAGUCUUGCCAGCCCCCCCAACCCAUUCUUGCCAAGGGCCCCCAAAUGGCUAGGGCAGCCCUGUUUCCAAUUGUACAGUUUGCCAUUGUGUUUUGUAAUGAAUCUACUGGUCUUACAUGAUGAGUGUGGGGGCAGUUGUGUAUAUUUGAAUAAAAUGUACACAUUUGUUUUACAGAAUAAAACAGUGGUGCUUUCCAGUUUAUUGUUGUGUUGAAAUAAAAAAUGAAUGGGAUUCUUACUUA